GAAAAAUAAUUAAAGAAAAAUGACACCAUCUUCUUCUUUUUUACAUUCAACACUGAUUUUAUGUCUCAUAGCUGCUUUUUUCACGAGUCAAAGUACAAGCAACCCUUUAUCCGACGUAUGUGCUAAGUCCAAAAAUCCAGGCUUUUGCUUGAAAGUAUUGGAAGGGAAUUCACAUCAAAAUUUUCAUGACUUAACAGAAACAGCCAUUAAUUUAGCAGCAGCAAACGCCUCCGCCACGGCGGCGAAGAUCGAUAUGCUGUUCAAUCAAACAAAUGAUCCAAAACUGGAAGAGAUAUAUAACUUGUGCACAACUUAUUACAAUGCAGCUAUUAGAGCUUUGGGAAAUGCUGAACAGUAUUUGAACAUGGGACAAUACCAGAAUUUAAAUACUGCGGCGAAUCUUGUUGGGCAAGAUGCUUUUAAUUGUGAGACUGCAUUUGAAGUGACACCUGGGAUUGUAUCUACUAUUACUAAGGAGAAUGAUGAUCUUCAGUUUCUUGGUAGCAUUAUUGUUGCUGCAGCAGGUUUUCUUACUGGCUCGUCUCCUUAGGAAAAUGCCAAGAGUCUCUAUUAAUUUUAAAACGAUGUAUGCAAUAAUACUACUCUAGAAACGUUUUUAUAAUUGUUUAAUUUACAUUUGGGGAUUGAAUUUUU